AUGGAGGAUCUUACAAAGAUACUAAAGGAGGCUGUGAAAGAUCAUACAGAAUAUUUGAGAAAGUUUAUUUUGGCUUUCAAAAACGACCGGAAGGAGCUGGAAAUAAGACUGGGGAGAAUAGUUUCCAAAGAAGAUGGAAACAGAAUGAAACUUGAUACGGUGGCACCUGUUGUGUUCAAAAACAUCCCUGCAGAAUAUAGAUUUGAGAGUGCAGUUGAUCUUGCAGAUUUUAAUUCUCUCAAGAGGCUUCUUUCCUCUUUUAAGAGCGAGACAAAGAAUGAUGUGGUUAUAAUUAAUGAGGAUGGAAGGGAAACGUAUGAGAAUGGAGAGUUAAAGAAGGUUGAAAAAAAAACAAGAUCGGAAAAGCUUGACAUAUAUAUUCCUGGAAAGAAGUAUGAUGUGAGGCUUGUUUUAAAUGAGGAGAAAGAAGUAUUCAAGCGUGCCAGUAAGAAGAAGGCUAUUAUGAAAAGAACAAGGCGAAGAGAAACAUACUUUAUAGAACCUUACGGAUUUGAUUUUACAGAAGCUAUUCUUUCAGGGGAAAGGGAGGAGAAAAGAAAAUUUGAGGUUGAAGUGGAGGUGUUCAGUUCCGAGAAGCUAGUGUCAAGUGAUUUUGUCUCUUUGAUAUACAACUUCAAUGUUGAUUCUCUUGUAUAA